AAAAAACCUAUAGAAUUUUCAUAUUUUUACAUCUAUGUGAAUAAUAAGCAGAUAAUUGCUUGAAACUAUGGAUAAAUCCAAAGAAAUCUGUCGAUUUUGUCUCAAAUCUUCCGGAAUUUCUGGCAGUACAUCAGUCAACGAUGCUGAUUUUCGUUUGAAAUGUAUGGUUGUGUUCCAUUUUAUUAUAACUGAAGAUGAAUUAUUACCCGCUAUCGUAUGUUCGAGCUGUCGAAGCAAAGUAAUCGAGUUCUACGACUAUCAUGAAACAGUUCGGGUCAACCAAAUUCAUUUAACAAGUGAGACUAUCGGUGACAAGGAAGACAAGAAUGAAAGGCUUGAGGAUGUAAACAUAAAACAGGAAUUUCCAAACUUCGAAAACAAUGAACUCAAUAGCGUGGUUUGGAUAGGGGAACGGGAAAUAGACUAUGAUGCCGAAGAUGUUAAGCAAGAAUCUUCCGAGACUGUACUUGAAUUUAAAGUAGAACUGAACGAUUCAGAUACUAGUACAAGUUGUAAAAAAGCCGACACUCAAAUUAGGCGCAGUGUUAAACUGAAAACAUCUAAACGAAUCGAUGAGCAUAAACAGAAUCGUAAAUCGAAAAGUCAAGAAGAGAGAGUGAAGAGAUACGAUGAUGAGAAUCGAAAAAUUUCUGAAUUUUUCAAAAUGACUUGUGAGUACUGCCCGGAGAUUGCAGAAACUUUUGGUCGAUUACAGACGCAUUGUCGAAAUGUUCACAAUCAAAAAGCAGGAGUAAAAUGCUGUGAUCGAAUUUUCUAUGUUAAAUCCAGAAUAAUUGAACACAUAAAUUCCCAUCAAAAUCCGAAACGAUUUCAUUGCGAAAUUUGUCAAAAAUAUUAUCACAGUAAAGAGUAUCUCGCGUUACACAAUCUAAAGAAGCACAGCAAAAUCGAGGAUAAACCCUUCAAUUGUGACAAAUGUGACAAAAGUUUUUCAAAAGCGGGACUAUUAAACGCACAUAUGAAAGCUCAUAUUCAAAUUAAAUGCACUGUUUGUCACCGAAUGCUGGCUAGUAAAUCUCUGAAAAUGCAUAUGCUAAGGCAUACAGGAAACAUGAAAUACGUUUGUGAUACAUGCGGCAAAGAAUUCCGUAGCAAAAUAACAUUGGAGCAGCACAUAAAACGUCACAUGGGUAUUGACGACCGACUGCAAUGUCACAUCUGCAGUCGUUGGAUAUUGGGAAAACGCUAUCUAAAGGUUCACAUGAAAACGGUUCAUUGUGACAAAAAUCAGGAAAUUGCUUGUAACAUAUGCUUCCUGAAGUAUCCGAAUGAGCGAUCGCUAAGUGUCCACAAGGGUCGAGUUCAUGUGGAGAAAAAAUUCGAAUGCGAAUUUUGUGGAAAAAAAUUCAAACGAAGUAUCAACUGUAAGGAGCACCGAGCAUCGCAUACCGGGGAAGUGCUGUACACUUGCAAUGUAUGCGGCAUGACCUGUAAUUCGAACGGAAAUCUGUAUUCGCAUAAGAAAAACAAACAUCCAGAGGAAUGGAUGGAAGCAAAGAAGAAAGCUUUCGCGGCUACCUACGGGCAAAAGAUUGGGGACCAUCCAUAAAUCGAAAUUUGAUACUUCGAGCUGCUGCGAGUCCGCUCGCAGUUUUUUUUUUUACAAAUAGUCAUUUCAGUUACGCAGUUCUAGAAUCUAUAUUCAUGUGAUUUUUCUUAAUACAUUUAUUUUAUAUACAAGACUAAACAAAGGCGGUCCAUAUUUUAUGUAAAAAUAAAAUCGAUGUCCCUCGGUUUCAACUUGUACGGCACUCAGUUUGUAACUGGACCGCCUGAACGUGCUUCCGAGGGGUGUAAGCGGGUGAUUUAUGCGCCACUCUCGAUGAGAGACCACCCGCCAGAUGUGUGGCUGCCCGGCCUUUUGAGACUUCUCGGGAGAAGGUUCCGGUUUCCCUCUUUGUAGGGUGGAAGCAAGCUAGUCGACCAAAAGCGCGUCCGAGUCGCGCGUGUCAUACAAACUACGGCACGUCCGAAAUGUUCAAUGCGAUCUCAGUCCGAAAACGAUAUUCUCACACGGUCGUAAUCAUCAUGGGCAAAGUCUAACUUCCCAAAUUAACCAAUCUGCAGGAAACUUGAGAGUGGUUCCGGUAGGUUUCAGGGCCAACCUCCCCAGUAAAAACAAAAUACAACAAAAAACUACAAACGAGACGGAACUCUGGACUUGAAAAGCUUCAUCAAUCUGAAAAUUGGAGAACUACAUCAAAUCACAAAAAAAAGGUUUUUACAAAAUCACAAAUCCAACAUUUAUUGGCCUUUAUCGGUUUUCCCGGUCAUGUUCUCUGUUCACUCUAUUCUGUGCUAGCUAGCUAUUUCCAUUCGUUCACCUUUCCCUCAUCUAUCCUAACUGGCGAUUUUUUUAUUGUCUGCGGUGCGUGCUUUCGGUGUUCAUUGUUCACCUCACUUGCCUCUUAUCUCAUGUGCAAA